CCUCGCCCCUUGGCUUGCGCCAGCUGCUGCUCAGCUGCGGGAAGACUUCACAGCGGUGGCGCGUGAACUUCUUCGUGCGCUUCUUCACGACGCUCUUCGGGACGAACGGCUUCACCAUCCUGCCUGGUUUCUACGCCACACCACACAACAACGCAGCAAACAGAAGUAGCACAAAAAGAGAAGAGGAAAAAGAGAAGAAAUAUAACAAGAGCAGAAAGAAAAACAGGGCAAUAACAAUGACAGCUCUCUUUCUCUCCUUCGUCGCAAUCCGAUUUUUGUUUCUUCUUCUCUCUGCGUGCGCAG